AGGCACACUAUCGUCAAGCGGUCGCCUUGCAGUGUAUGGGGAAGUACCACGAAUCCCUUGCGGCCUUUGCGUCCGCGUUGGCCCACGAUCAGAAGAGUCAGCAGUUAUUGUCUGGGAUCAUCGAUACAGCAUUGAAGUCGCCUUUAAAAGGUUAAUAUUGAUGGCUUAGUGCAUCACUGCAUUUCACCUCUAUGACUGAGGUUUGAUUUCUGCAAUAUACAGUUGUCUGAUUAUAAUUUCAUCUCGGUCACAUGUGAGAAGAAUGCUUCCAGUUUGACUCUACCAAACAUCGCAGGUUUUCUUCUAACCUGUAAGGUAACACUGGGCCAAUAAAACAGAUUGCCUUACCAGACUUCUAGGGAGAACAGUUUAAAACUGGUAAAGUUAUCCAGUAUAAAUAAAGUUAGUGCAGAUUACCUCGUGUAGUAACACUCUACCAUAUAAGGGGUGAUCUUCACUGAACCUCCAGGAAGAACAGUUUGGAACUUACAGAACCAUCCAGUAUAAAUAAAGUUGCUUUGUUCAACAUUCAUCAUAUUCAUGAAUAUAUAUUUAUUUAAUUUCAGAAAACGUUGAGAAAAUAUUCUCUCGACUCCAACAAGUCAACAUGGAUCAAAACCCUUUCGUAGUCGUCUCAAUAAUCGGGCAAGAACUCCUUAACGCGGGCCACAUCCAACCUGCAGUCACGUGUUUGGAAAAUGCUCUCAAGAUCGGCACUGUUGGUCUGCGCAUGCGGGGCUCGGUGAUAUCAGCCCUGACGAGCGCUUACUGGAAAGUGGGUAACCUCUCUCGCUCCAUAGAAUUGAUGCAAGAAGAUUUAGAAAUUUGUCGGUCCUUGGCCGACCAUGAUGGCGAAUGCCGAGUCCUUGGUAACCUAGGCAACGCGUAUUUUGGAAUGAAACAGCACGAAGAGGCCCUAACCGCGCAUCGAACUCAACUGAUGACUGCGUCGAAACAUAAAAACAAGAAGGCUGCUGCUUCUGCUUUGAGCUCUAUAGCACAUGUCUAUGUCUCGCUCGGGGACUACCAGAAUGCUAUAGACAGUCAUAACAAAGCUAUCGACUUUCAAAGGCAACUAAAGGACCAGCUAGGCGAGGCCCUCGAAUUAGGGCAUCUCGGUGCAGUACACCUGCUCGCAGGGAAUGUAGACAAGUCUAUAGAUUGCCACACGCAACAGCUGACCCUAGCGAAAACUUUGAAAAAUGACAAAGAAAUUGCUUCGGCUUAUAGCAAUUUGGGAAGUGCUUAUAAUCGGAAAGGAAGCUACCAAGAGGCCGCAAGGCUGCACGGACAGGUUUUGAAGAUCGCGGAGACUCUUGGGGACCCCUCCCUACAGGCUCGGGCGUGUGCGGGUCUUGGGAGCGCGUAUCGGGCCAUAGGUAACCUAAGCAAGGCUCUGAAAUACUACGAACGUCAACAAGCUGUCGCAGUUAAAAUGAAGGAUCGGAUCAUGGAGGGACGGGCUUUCUCCAACUUGGGAAUUAUUUACUUGGAGCAAGGAGAAUGUUUGCAUGCUUUAAAGUUGCAUAAAAUUCAUUUGGCUAUCUGUCAGGAAUUCGGGGACCGCGCUGGACAAGGCCAGGCUUAUGGAAACAUGGGAUGUGCUUAUUGUGCGUUGAAAAAGUAUGAACAAGCCAUUAAAUACCAUGAGAAAGAGCUCGCUAUCUCAAAGGAAGUCAAUGACGUCAUUUCUGAAGCAUGUACUCAUGGCAACCUCGCGGUGGCGUAUCAGGGGCUCGGAAAAUCCGACGAAGCCCGAAGGCAUUACGAGCAACACCUCGCGAUUUCCCGCUCAAACGGGGAUACUUACAACGAAGGAGUAGCUCUUUUUAAUCUGGGAAAUUUUUACAGUUCAAGUGGAAGCUUUAAAAAAGCCAUUGCUUUUUACGAGAAAUAUUUGUCGCUAACGCAGUCAACCGGCGACAAAAAAGGCGAGAAUAAGGCGUGCCAUAAUUUGGCAUUUGCCCAAUUUUCGUUAGGCAAUUUGGACGAGUCUGUUACAUUGUACAAACAGAAUAUCGAACUAGCGCAAGGUGUUGGGGAUAAAAACACUCUAGCUCGAGCUUAUUGUAAUUUAGGGCUAGUGUAUAAAGAUUUGGACGAUAUUCAGAAUUCUCUCAUGUGUCAGACAAAUUUCCAAACUGUUUCCCAUGAGAUUGGGUACACCGUUGGUGAAUGUAGAGCAUUGGGGAACAUUGGGGAUAUUUAUGUAAAGACCAAACGUACACGCGAGGCUAUUGGAUGUUAUGAGCGACAAGUAAAGAUGGCAGAUAAAUUAAAAGAUAGGGGCUCUCUGUGCCAGGCGUAUGCCGCUCUCGGGCAUGCGUACAAGGUAUUAGGGAAGCUGGACAAAGCUUUAGUUUGUCAUUCUAAGGAGUUAGCAUUUCGGCGGGAAGUUGAUGACACACAAGGAUUAUUUAAAGCUCUUGAUCAUAUUGGGAGUGAUUGCACGGCAUCGGGAAGGACUGAUGAGGCAAUAGAGUACUUCUCCGAGCAGCGUCUUAUCGCCGAUCGGUUAAAAGACCCUCACCUACAGGCCCGCGCGUACGGGAAUUUAGGCGUGGCUAAAUUGAACGCCGGUGCGUACGGGGAGGCUAUGACUUACUUUAGAAACCAGAUUGAAAUUUUAGAACGUGUUGCGGCAACUUCGCUCGAGCUUGGCCGCGCGCAGGGGAAUUCAGCCGAGUGUUUGUAUAUGUUAGGGAAUCACGAACAGGCCCGAGGACUGUACGAGUGCUAUCUGACGUCAGCCAAAGAAGCGGGGUCGCCGAACGAUCAAGACAAGGCGUACCAAGGACUUGGGAAUGCAUACAGGUACUCUCAAACUGUCAUUUAUAGUUAGAAACCUUGCCGGUCCACUACUGUUUGGUUGGUUCCCCUGUGCCAGGGUUUCCUCCGAUGCCCCCAUUUUCCAUAGGAAUCAAGGGCGCACAAAUGUAAAAGAAUGUUUCAGAGAGUCGCACCCUAGUAACUGUAAGCAUAUAAUUGAUUGCUUCUGCAUCACUUCUCGAUCGUAAGCUGUUUUAUAGGAUGAUGCAGCAUCAAGCAAUUCUUAGAGGGCCAUUUCAGAUGGCGUACUCUUCAUGUCCCGAACUUAAUUGUAUUAGAUGCGACGCUGGAGCGACACAAGAUUGUGAUUCAAACGGCGUACCAAAUGACAAGGUUGGGGCGCAUUCGCCAGCAAAACCUGUACAAUACAUUUUAAAUACUACAAUACAUUUUAAAAAGUUGAGUUAGGUUUGGCACAUGAGCGGAGCGGCGUACGAAUCAACGUCGCAUAACGCGACAGGCUCUGCCGAACUUGUGUCGAACUUUUGCCGCUCGGCACAUGAAAAGUACGCCGUCUGAAUUGGGCCUUAGAGAGUCAUUAGGUAGAAUGCUGUAGUCCUCACUGCUGUAAUUAAUGUAUAAAUCGACGAAUCACGAGUUUUGGAGUUGGUUUUGACUGGAUAUUGCAGAAUAGCAUACCUUGCUGUAAUCGGCAUCCUUGUCCCAGAACUAGGGUGGAUUGUAUUGUAUUGUAUUGUAUUGUAUUGUAUUAAAACUUUAUUUAGAGACACUAGCCCCAUCAACGGUGCGUUGGUUUCCACGGGGGGCGUCUACAAUGUUAAAAAUUACAAAAGAUAUAAGGGAAAAGAAGACUAUUUACAAAUUGGUGUGACCCCAGAUGUUAUGGUUAGACGGAGUUACAAUUUAUUUCAAAUAUAUAUAGUAUUAGAGUUAAGUUUUAAAUGGCUUUUGAACAGGUGCAUUGAUUCUGCCAGUUUCGUAUCGAUAGAGAGACUAUUCCAUAGCUUAGCCCCUGUGUAAUCGAUAUUAAGUUUACUAUAUACUAUACUGUUAACGAAAUCACUAGACUGCUAAAUUGGUCUCUCGAGAUUUGCAUGUGCGGGUUGAUUUUAUGUAUCACGUGAUGAAGUUUUUGACCACCCCGUGACCGCUUCUAAACCUCAACGAAAUUCGUAAACAAUCCGCCGAUAUUUUAUAGGGAAAGAUUGCUUAAAUAACGUUUCAAUUCGUGUGAACGGUAAUUAUAGUUCUAAAGAGAACAGCAAAUGCUCGAGCAUGUUUUAGAAUUGCAAAUCGAAGCAAAAAAAAUAAUAUAACAAAAAACUUACUGCCUUGGUGUGCUUGUCUGCUGACAUUACUAAGUAUAUUUAUUAUUGUAGUCUAUAAAUAGCCAAACAAGCAAUGAAAUCGAGUGAACAAUCGCGUAUUUUGUGUCAGUUCAAGAAUGUUGUAAAAUAUACCUUCAAUGCCUUGAAUCAUAAUAGAACCUUGAAUUAUAGUAAAAAGUAUAGCUUUUAAAGUAAUUUCUCAAUCGUAAAAGGUCUAAAAGUUUUACAUCGGCAGAUUGCUUACGAAUUCUGUUACAAUUCAAAAGUGGUCACGAGGUGGCCAAAAAGUUCCUCACGUGGUAAAUAAAAUCAAUCCCGCACGUGCCAAUCUCGAGAGACCAAUUUACCAGUCUAGUGAUUUUGAUAAUACUUCACUAUUAUUUUCAUUACAGGGCUGUGGGGAACCUUCAACAAGCUUUGUUUUGCUUUGAGAAUCGACUUGUUUUUGCGCACGAAUUGACAGAGACCUCGGCUAAGGGUUCUGCCUACGGAGAACUGGGUAACCUGCAUAGGACGAUGGGGAAUUUUGAACAAGCGGCUGCGUGUUAUGGUCAGCAGUUGAAGUUAGCGAGAGAAUGUCAAGAUCUGGAGAGCGAGAGUGAUGCUGAAUGUGGUCUGGGCGAGGUAAGACGAUUCGAGGACUUCAAUUCUAUACAUUCCACAAUUGGUAGUGCAUGUAUCUUUUAGCUCUGUGACUUGCAAGGUUUGAUUCUUCAAAUAUAUAAUUGUCUGAUUAUCACCUCAGUCACAUGAGAGAAGAAUGCUUCCAGUUUGACUGUAGUAACACUAGACUAGUAAUGAGUAGCUCUUACUAGACCUCUAGAGAGAGCGGUUUAGAACUGAUAGAGCUAUCCAGUAUAACGAAAGUUAGUUUAGUUUAGGUGUCUUCCUAUAGUAACACUGGAUCAAUAAGAGAUGAUCCUUACUGGGUCUCUGCGGAGAACAGUUUAGAACUGAGAGAGCUAUCCAGUAUAAAUAAAGUUAGUUUAGUUUAGGUUUCCCCCUGUAGUAACAGGACGGUAAUAGUAGGACAGUAAUAAUAGCUGUAAUCAGUUGGGGGGUCUAUUGCCCUGUUCUGCCACCUUUUGCUAUGUAAAAGUUAUUAAAUUAAACUAGAUGGUAAUGCUGGUCCUCUAUGGAGAACAGUUCAGAACUAAUAGAGAUAAAUAGAGUUAGUAUAAGUACGCUUACAUUGGUUUAUAACAUAACAGACAGACGCUACUCAUUUCACCAAAUUUGCGACAAAAUAUAUAAUUCUUUUUGUUUGUUUUUUUUUUUUUAUAAUGACCAAUAACAAGGCUUAAAUUUUUAAUUCAAUUUAAUACGAUGUUUCGGAGUUUAUUCCAUCAUCAGGUAAAAAAAAUUAAAUUAAAUAAAAAAUUUAAGCCUUGUUAUUAUUGGUCAUUAUAAAAAAGACAAAAAUAAUAUAUUAUUAAAAUGAUGCUAAGGGAAUGUCCGGUACUAAAUAUACUGAAAAAUAUAUAAUUGUUUUAUUCAUUAGGUGCACGUGAAGAUGGGCGACUAUGAGUCGGCACUCGCCCACCACGAGAAUGAUCUAAAACUCGCCGAUAAACUCCACAGUAGCAUGAGACAAUCACGUGCAUUUGGCAACCUUGGCCUCGUCUACGAACUCAUGCAGGACUAUAAGAAAGCGUCUGAAUGUCAGGAACAACAUUUAUCAAUUGCAGCCCAGGUGAGCGACCGCGUAGCGAAGGUGAAUGCCUACAGUAGCCUGGGACGGAAUCAUUAUCUGAUGGCUAACUAUGCACAGUCCAUAUCGUAUUUCAAGCAAGGUUUGACAAUCGCUGAGACUUUGGGACGCAGGGAGGAUGAAGCCACGAUAAGGUGAGUAAACCUUCAUUCUAAAUGGAGUUUGUGGAUGGAACAGCAGUUAGCUACAGUGCAUUUGUCUUUCGCCUUUGUGACCAAGGUUUAAUACAGUUGUCUGAUUGUAAUUUUGCCUCAGUCGCGUGCGAGAAGAGUACGUUCAUUUCGAUCCUACCAAACGCCACAGGUUUCUUGUCAUGUACUCCGAAUUUCUCCUGUAGUAACACUGGACUAGCCUGCGUCACAGACGCUCUUGGGCGGAAAUGAGGUCUGUGUUUAGCCUUUAGCACUUAUCACAUUACACACACAAACUAUGUCGUAGUCUACACUGGACCAACAAGGGAUGACUCGUACUGGACCUCUAGAGAGAACAGUUUAGAACUGUUAGAGCUAUCCAGUAUAAGUAAAGUUGGUUUAGUUUAGGUGUCCUCCUGUAGUAGCUCUGGAUCAAUAAGAGAUGAUUCUUACUGGACCUCUAGGGAGAACAGUUUAGAACUUAUAGAGCUAUCCAGUAUAAAUAAAGUUAGUUUAGUUUAAGUUUCCUUCUUUAGUAACACUGGAUCAAUAAGAGAUGAUCCUUACUGGACCUCUAGGAAGAACAGUUUAGAACUGAUGGAGCUAUCCAGUAUAAAUAAAGUUAGUUUAGUUUAGGUUUCCCCCUGUAGCAACACUGGAUCAAUAAGACAUGACCCUUACUGGAAAAAUAAUUUUGAACUGAUAGAGCUAUCCAGUAUAAACAAACUACUUACUAAUAUAUCAUUAUUAAAUCUUUCUUGAAGGUAUUGGUUAGGUGUGGCACUAUGUGCGAAGAAAGAUGUCCUGUCUUCUCUGGAGCAACUUUACCAAGCAAUCGAACUGUACGAGAAACUUCGUGACGCUGGCAUCAGUGCUGGGCGUUUUCAACUGGCCAUGCAUGAACAACAGGCAUUAUGUUAUCAGGUAGCGUGUGUUUUAUGAAUAUUAGCUAAAUAUUAGCUUGUAUAAAUAUUAGCUCAAUUACAAGUUAGUGGCAAAGUGGCCUGAAUGAUUUACUCCCCGGGAUAGACGAUCUGGACGAACUCGGACAAAGAAAAGAUAAGAAAAGUUCGUUUGAUAACAUCCUGGCUGUUGAUCAGUCGGAAUCUGUGUGUAUGUAUGGCUCCAGCAUUUUACUGUCGUUCCAAUUGAAGUGUUGCUCAAAUAUUGAUUCAAUACAUUACCUCGGGCUGACCAAUUCAUUUGAUCAAGUUCCUCGAGAGAUUCAUACACUUCCUAGUAUAAUUGUAAACUUCCUGUUGAAUAGUUUGAAUGCACCAAUCACCUUUGUUGUUUGUGCAACUAACCAAUCAUAAAUAGAAAGGAAGUGACCAGAAAUGAUCAAAUACUUGGAAUUGGCUCUUUCACAGGAAGUGUAUGAAUAUCUCGAGGAACUUGAUCAAAUGAAUUGGUCAGCCCGAGGUAAUGUAUUGAAUCAAUAUUUGAGCAACACUUCAAUUGGAACGACAGUAAGAACUAUCAUGAAAAUAUCAGACGCGAUAUGUUCUCCGUACCAUUGCCAUUAUAGAUCACGUUAUUCUAGCUAGUUUGUCUGGAUAGUUUAUCUUGUGUUUAUGCUAAAGACGUAUUAUUCAAAAGCCGGUUAGCUUAAUCCUAGAUUAACCUGAAAUUCCCCAACAAAUUUCCAAACAGCUUAUUUAACAAUUAUUCGCCGAAAGCGAGGUGAUUAUCGGUGAAUAAAAACCGAGACGAAGUCGAGGUUUUUAUUCACGAGAAUCACCGAGCCUGAGGUAAAUAAUUGUUUUAGUAUAAUUUCAUAGGUGAUUAUUUGGAAAAAAAUACAUAUUUCGUCGUCAUUUCAUUGACGGUCACCAUUUCGAAAAUCGCUUAUUUGAUUAUCGCGUUAUAAUCACCUCAACGGCAACCAAUCAGCGUGGAGAAUUUUCAAUAAUCACCUAUGUAAUUAUACUAAUUAUAAAUAUGGAAAUAUUUUUCCAGAAAUCUUAUCUGGAUCAAUGAAAUAUUUAUUUUCGUGCAGAACAUACACAAACCAAAACAGCAGAUUAAAUUUUAUCCAGGGUUAGUGCUAAUCAUGCUUUGAAAGAAUGGUCCAGAUGAUUAAACCGUCCAGCGAUGCUUUAUUACCAAGUUAUACACCCUUUUCAUAAUGGCUGCCGAUUAAAAAUUCUUUUAUGUGCAUAUAAAUUGGCCCAACUAGCCUAGUUUCUGGGUAGAAAUUCCUUUGAAAUCUUAACAUGAGUACGAGGCUAGUUGGGCCAAUUUAUAUGCACAUAAAAGAAUUUUUAAUCGGCAGCCAUUUAUGAAAAGGGUGUAUUACAAGUCUUUAUCUUUUUUCCAAAAGGUCCUCCAACGGGUGCUUAUUGACUUGGGACGUCGCGAGGAGGCUCUGGUCAUAGCAGAACGAGCUCGUGCCCAUGACUUUAUCGACUUUCUCCUGCGCCGCCCGGGUGUGGAACGGCCACAGGAAAAAGAAUGGGUCCGACUCCAGAGCUACGACCAGAUCAUGGAAGUGAUAAACAAACAAAAUGGCUACUUCAUCUGUUAUUCUCUUGUGCUCGGCUAUUUAUGUAGUUGGUUGAUCGUCCCUCAGCAUGGCAUAGUUAAAUUUCACGAACUUAGACUGACGGACGAAAUGCCUGAGCUCAUGGUACAUAUGGACAGCGGUAUGUCGACCACUUCCGAGUCGUUACUCGAGAGAUUGAUCGGACAGAUUCGUGAGAACAUCGGCGUAGAGCCGGCGUGCGGGAGCUCCGUCUCGACGAUGUCAUCUAGUUUAUCCGGAAGUGACGUAGAUGAGCCCCCGAGUCCGUUCGAUAGUUCCCACUCCAGAUCGCGAGGUUCUAGCGAAGCUGGCAGUCUUCCGUCAACACCGUCUACUUUCUCUUAUCUGAAAAAUGGCUUCUUGAAAAAAGGUGAUUUUGAGUUAAGCCGGAGUUACACGAGCAACAAAAUUGCUGCAACUUGCAACAAAAUCUGAUUUCAACGCAUGUUAAUUGAAAAUGUUUACGCAUAAAUUACAAAUCACAAGGCAACAUGUGUCGACAUUUCUACUUAAUAUGCGUUGAAAUCAGAUUUUGUUGCAAGUUGCAGCAAUUUUGUUGCUCGUGUAACUCCACCUUUUGUUCUUCGUUAAGGAUGGUUUACACUAUCAAACUUUCUGUGAUCACAGUAGGAAUUUUGGUGUACAGUGUAUAACACUGAGUAUGUUUCCUCGAACAUUUCUUACAAAUCCUUCAAAACUCAGAAUUUACCUGCGCAUAAUUCCUACAGUGAUGACAGAAACUUUGAUUGUGUAAACCAGACUUUAGUUUUAUGCGAUGUCGGUCACACAGUGGUAACGUACCUUUCACUUUAGCCUGCAUCGCCCGCAUAUAAGCGCCUGGUUUGCAGGCUACUUUCAUCUCUGUAACUUGGAUUCCAUUUCUAAAAUAUGCAGUUGUCUGAUUGUAUUUUCAUCUCAAUCACAUGUAAGAAGAGGGCUUCGGGUUUGAAUCUACCAAGACACUACAGCUUUACUCCGCUACUGUAGUUUCCUCCUGUAGCAACACUAGCUCAAUCGCAGAUGGCCCUUACUGGACCUCUAGCGAGAACACUUUAUGACUGAUCCAGUCCAGAUAGUGUAGAUUUACUUCUGUAGUAACAUGGAUAUAUCUAUUCUCCACAGGCUUACGAAAGUUAAACGGCCUUCGUCAAGACAGACACAAAGAUGCAACAAGCGCACUUCCAGUUCAAGUCCUCUACGACACUCUGAUAGCUCCUGUUGAAGAGUUCCUCCCCAGGUCCCCACAGUCGGACGGCAGUUUACACGACCUCGUCCUAGUCCUUCAAGGCGACCUCUACCUCGUACCAUUCUCCUUACUACACGGCCAGUCGAAAGAUUACCUCCACAAACGAUUCUCACUUCUAACCAUUCCCUCAAUACGAGCACUGCUAUUAGCCCCAAAGACCCCUCAAAGACCACAAACAACACGACUUGUAGUCGGGGAUCCACAGUUACCCCUCUCAUUUGAUCAGUACCGGUGUAACCCCAGUACCCAAAGCGAGGCUGAGCUAGUCGGGACAUUAUUCGACGCCAAACCUCUGAUUGGAAAUGAUGCGAGCAAGGAUGUAGUCUGUAGGAAAGCUGAGGAGGCAGAGUGUAUACAUUUCGCCACAAACACGUCAUGGAAACAUUCAGCAUUAGUCCUCGCUCCAAGCAAAGGACGCAAUAGGUAAUUAUCGUUGGUAUUUUCAGGGUGUCCACGGGCCUUGAAAAUCCUGGAAAGUCCUUGAAUUGGAAAAAAAUGUCAGGACUGGAAAGUCCUUGAAAAUCAGCAGAAGUCCUUGAAAGUCCUGGAAUUAAUUUCCUUUAAUUAACCUCCAGUUGUGCCAACAUUAGUGAUUUUGAUUAAAAUUACUGAAUAAAGUGAAUUAUUAUUUACGGCAAAUCCGUGCCAUUUUCAAAGAUUUUCCCAGUUCUAGGUUCUUGAAUUUAUUGAAAAAGGACCCUGAAAGUCCUGGAAAAAUCCUUGAAUUUCACCUUCACCAAAGGGUUGACACCCUUGUAUUUUCAUUGUGCAGAUGUCAAGGGAAGCACAGAUGUUAAAUACCUACAGCAGUUGGUAGGCGAACCCCAUGGAUGUAUUACUAAUAAUGUUCUUGUUGUUUCAAUAGGGACUCGGGCAGUAGCGACAGUUUUAUGCCAUCUCCAACCGAUUUCCUCUUGACCGCUUCAGAAAUAUCCUACAUGAAAUUCCCGGCGAAAAUGAUCGUUCUAAGUUGCGCUCAAAACGAAACCCGGAAUAAAAUGUCUUUAGACGGACUACUGUGUUUAGUACGCUCGUUCCUAUUGGCGGGAUGUAGUUGUGUCUUGGUGUCCUUAUGGCCUGUGCCCGAGCCUGCGUACAGGCUGUUGCUGCAAGGGUUUUAUAAACGAUUCCUGCGUGGGAUGCGCGCGAGUCGUGCCCUCGCACACGCAGUGAAACUGGUGGAGAGCAACAAGGAAUUUGAUCAUCCAUCAAACUGGGCUGGAUUUGUGUUAGUUGGACGGGAUGUAAAAGUUUCCAAAAAGACAGUACAGUUGCGUGAGGCAUUGAUAGUUUUGAUUGAGUCGACGGCUAACAGCAGGGAGGCACUCAAAGUUAUUUUACAUCUGGU